UGUUAAGUUUGUUUUGAACAAUUAUAAUGUGUCAAGCAAGGUGGCUGUCAACUGUGUUGCUUUUGAUUCCACUUUCUGAGCUCUAAUAAACAUGUUGCUCUAACUGUAUGAUAUAUUGGUCUCUACACCAUUGCUACAGUAUCUAUCUGUCAGGGGAGGAGCUCUUUCAAUUUUGAAAAAGUAAAGAAUUACUUUCCCGAAGAUAUGUCCCUGCUACUUACGUACUCUACUCCUUUACAAGGCCUUUAUCAGGGGAUGUAUGACCAUGACCAUUCUUCAUUGAUUGUUAUGUGUAAGUUGAGCAGGUUAUUUUUUCUGAAGAGAAAGCUUAGUCAGCAGUGUCCACGUACUGCACUUUUAUUCUCAUCCAGCCUUUUGAACUGCAGCAUUUAUCUGCUUUAACACAUCCACUGCAACCCUUUCAGGCUGAAUAGGAACAAGAACAUCACACCCUUGAGUGCUGUGGCUUUCAUCGCACAGAUUGUUGAGUGACUGAGUAGUGUGGCAUUUCCCCUCAGACUAUAAAUCUUGGCCCGAAUGAGCUGGGAUACUAAAUAUGAACAGUGGAGUUUUGUCAGUUUUAAACAUACCAUAUGUAUCAAACAUCUGCCAUUGAUUAUUGGUUCUGACAAUACAAUUGGACACUUACUCUGCAUCAAACAUUUAGUGGUAUAAAUAGUGUCAGUUAAAUCAAAUGUAUUGAUCUGAGGUUUCACUUCGGGUACCGAAGAGACCAUAAUCAAAUCUUCAUGAGUAAACAGCUGAAGGGUUUGUGGAGACUGUAGAGCAAUGUGGGAGCCAAUGCAAAGAAAUGGGUGACAAGACAGAGGACACACAGCCAGACAUAUUUAUAGAUGGUGAGAAAUUGAUACUGAGAGUGUGCAGCAGAAGGCAGAGAGACAGAUAUCUAAGGAGAGGGAGCAAGAGAGGGAGAGAGUGAGAGUGGGCAGGGCUCUAGGUAUGUGAGAACAACAGUACGCCGGCCAGUGGGACAGACAGGCCGAGUGAGAAGAAAGAAAGGAGGGGUGGAAGUGGUGAUUGUGUGGUUAAGGGCUUGGAAGCGUGUGUGUGUGUGUGUGUGUGUGUGUGUGUGUGUGUGUGUGUGUGUGUGUGUGUGUGUGUGUGUAUGUGUGUGAAAUCAGACGGAGAGAGGGUCUAAGUGCAAGACGGUGUGCCAGAGAGAGAGAUGCUCGGAGGAUGAGGAGUAACAGGGCGAGGCAGCAGCGGGGGCUCUAUGUAUGUGUGUGUGUGUGUGUGUGUGUGUGUGAGUUUGUGUGUGUUUGAGGAAUAGUGUGUGAACAGAGGGAUGCAGUCAUGUCUCUGUGAGAGGGAGCAGCACAGCAACGGUAACCAUGCUGAGCCCCAAGAUAAAACAGGCACGCCGGGCGCGGUCUAAGAGCAUGGUGCUUGGAGAGUUAUCUCGGAUCUCCAGGCCCUGCUCUCCUCUGGAUCAGGAGAAAACACUAAAGGCAGGAUGGCUAAAGAGACAGCGGAGUAUCAUGAAAAACUGGCAGCUGCGUUGGUUUGUCCUGAGGACCGAAGCUCUGUAUUUCUACAAGGACCAGGAUGAAACCAAGGCACAGGGUUGCAUUAUUCUUCAGGGCAGUCAGGUCAAUGAGCUGCCUGCCAAUCAGGACGAGCCUGGUCGUCACCCUUUUGAAAUUGUUCCAGGGGGGGCUGGAGAAAAGGAUCGAACAGGCGUAAGCCACGAAUCAUUGCUGCUGAUGGCCAACUCCCAGAGUGACAUGGAGGAUUGGGUCAGAGCCAUACGUAGAGUCAUAUGGGCUCCACUUGGAGGAGGUGUCUUCGGGCAGCAUCUAGAGGAGACAAUGUUAUACGAGGCCCAGUGUGGCGCUCAGCGACCGGUCCCGUUGCUGGUGGAACAGUGUGUGUGCUUCAUACGUGAACAUGGGCUCAAGGAGGAGGGCCUUUUCAGGGCCCCCGGACAGACUAAUCAUGUUCGAGAGCUGCAGGAUGCCUUUGACCGUGGAGAGAAGCCAGUGUUUGACAGUACCACAGAUGUCCACACUGUGGCAUCACUGCUAAAACUGUACAUACGGGAGCUUCCGGAGCCUAUAAUCCCAUUCCCCAAAUACACACAGUUUCUAUCUUGUGCUCAGAUUCUUACCAAGGACAAAGCAAUGGGUAUCAUAGAGCUUGGCAAACAGGUGAAAUCCCUUCCUCAGGUCAACUACAACCUCCUUACAUACAUCUGCAAGUUUCUGGAUGAGGUUCAAUCUCACUCUAAUGAGAAUAAGAUGAGUGUUCAGAAUCUGGCCACUGUGUUUGGACCCAAUAUCCUUCGGCCCAGAGUGGAGGAUCCAGUUACCAUGAUGGAGGGAAGUUCCCAGGUGCAGCACCUCAUGACUGUGCUGAUCAGUGAAUACACCCAACUUUACCAACGGGAGCAGCCGGAAACUGAAGCAAAGAUUCCCCAACAGCCUCAGCAGAGUCCAACACAACGAGGCAAAGCAGAAUGGCUCUCACAACAAAUUAUUGGGACCCCAUCUUCCAAAGCCCCUGACAGGGAAUCCCGAUCUUCCACCCCUCCAACAGACGGUAAGCCAACUGCACCAAGCCCAAUUACAACAUCAGAGAGGGUUGAGGAUGGUCCGAUUGAAGAUAAGAAAAAGGCUGAGACAGAAGGAAAAGGGGAAGAAAAAGUGAAUGGCAAAACAGAAGUGAAAGGAGAAAGUGAAGUAGCUAUUAGCCCCAGUAAACAGUCGAAAGCCCUGCCCACCUGGAGAUGCUCCCUCAAAGGCGGUGCAGCAUCUGGGGUGCAAAGGGGUAAAAUAGGAGGGUCUGCAGGAGAUGUCUCAGCAGCUGGUGGGAGCAACUGGCUGAUGAAUGGCCUGUCGUCCCUCCGAGUUCACAGGCGCACCACCUCAUCUGGUGAAAGACUUAAAGACACCCUGAAGGAUUCGACCCUCUCACUGAAAGAUACCACUCUCCCUCUUAAGGACACACAGAGAGACUCUGAUGAAGACUCCUCUCAGACACCCCUGUCUCACAGAGGCCUCCACCACUCCCACAGAUUGUCUGCCUAUGACAAUGUUGCCCCCUCCAGUCUGAGCUUACCUGCUGACACCUCGAUUUGGACAUCCUUUGAGAUCUCAUUGGCCGAGCCAAAGGAAAGCGAAAAGGCAGUAAAACUAGAACAGGGUAAAGAGGGACUUACAGAGGUGAGGGACAGUGCAAGUACUCUGGAUGACACUGCAAGCGGUACUGAGGAUGAUCUCACAGGAACAAACGAAGGCCUCGCCAACAUGCUAACUGGGCUCAAGCAGGAGCUGAAGAAACAGAGGACGAGCUACGAAACCUGCAUUCGCAAGUUGGAGGAGUCCUGUUCUAAGUACCAGUCCCAAGUCAACCGCCUCGAGGAGGAGCUGGACCAGGAGAAGAAGAAGUUUCAAAUGCUUGAGAUCCGACUCAGGAACUCAGAGAGGGCACAUCAAGAUGCGGAGAACCGAAACAAUCUCCUGCAGAAAGAGAUGGAGGAUUUCUUCAAAACCCUUGGAGAUCUGACCACAGGAGCAACACGGACCAACUAGCCCAGACCAACCUGCCUUCAUCUGGUCUAUAAGAGGAGAAGGAGCUAGAUUACUAAGAAGACCAGUAAGCCCCAAAGCUUUGAAGACCAAAUACCUCUAGUGCAGUACUACUUGCCAUCGUGUCCUCUUUAGUACAGCCGUCUUGUGCCUACACUGAUCAGUGCCGGUGCCAAACAAGAACUCCUCUGGACCAAGCAAGCAUUUUAUCAUUCCGCAGAAUUCCUUAUUAUACACCAUAGGUUAUGUAGCUUAAUUAUUUAAGUUUGUAAGAGAGCAAAAAAAAUAUCUGAUGAUAUGAGGUAGUCUUCCCAUGUCACACCCUCCUCAUUUCCCAUUAGAACUUAUGAGAGAAACAUUAACUUGACAUUAAAAGAAAGAACAUGUGAGACGUUAAAAAUUCAACUCUUUUAUUUGUUGGAGUUGAAGGUAGACAGUUUCCUUUUCUGAUGUAUAUAAUUGGUCUGUUAGUGAGGCAAUUUCAGAUCAAAAGGCUUAACUUUACACAACUGGCCUGAUCUAAACACUACAACAGGUUAGCUCUUCGCUGUCAGUAUUUGGCCAACCCAUCAGAAGACUGCAACAUCGUCCCAGUGGUGCCGAAUUCCCAUCUUUUCCCUAAAUGUACCUGCACUAAAGCCAGAUUUGCUCAGAGAAAACUCAUGCGUAUUCUAUUCUAUCUUUUCUAUUUUUGAAGAAAUGGAGAAGAGGAAAAUGACAAAAACAGGAAGUCACAACAGUCAGUUGAGAUGUGGCCUAGAAAGGGAUAAGGACAUGCGUCGCAAUCCCCAAAGUGCAUUCUGGGAGAUGAUGCUAGGGGUCACUACCUGGAGCGUCCCAACUAUGAAAAGAGCAAAGGGACAGAUUGGGAAUUUGAGCCAUCAUAUACAUCCAAAGGUUACCAUGGCAAAUAGCAGUUUCCUGACCCUCAGAAAACAUACAUUUCCAGUCAAAUGUACAGAUCAAUCACUGACUAUAUUAAUCUAUGAAGUAUAUUGCACAGAAAACAAACAAAAAAUAAAACAAAAUGCAUAUAAAUAGUUCUGAAUUAAAUGUACAUUACAUACAAUAGACGCCUCCUAGCUUGAAAUAAAUAAAUAAAUAACGCAAACAAAGAAAAAAUAUGGAUCUUGUGUUCUUUCCAGUGAUGUGUGCCGUGAUAUACAUAAUGCAUCUUCAAAAAACAUGUGUGCAUGUGAGGUAGAACUCAGAAAGACGCACCACAGAAGAGAGGAGCAUCUGCAACGGAGAGGACUGAAAAUUAUUGAAGUGAGUAAGGGCACUUAAAUUAAACAUGUCAAAUAUCAGACAGCUGUGACCGAUGUCCGAAAGUGAUUUAAACUUAGUUUCUGGUGACAGUCCCCAAAUACAGAACUCAUUUUAGCCAGUGGAGUGGCCUAUAUUAAAUUGUUACAGCGCUAACAGUAAUCACUGGCUCCUCACUACGCCACAUUGCUAUUCAUUUACAUUCACCCUGUUGUUCCUCAUCCAACAGACCAUCACCUACAAGUUACAUCUACCUAAAUAAGUUAAAAUACAGUCAAACAGUAUGCUAUAGUAAAAAAGAAAUUCAGUGUCAGGGAAAUAGACCAUUUGACUGCUUGUCAAGAUGCACACAAUCAGAGGUGACGUAAUACUAAGAAAUAAGUUGGAUACACCAAAGGACGCUUUCUACAAGAAAGAUGAGGAAAAAUAUUUUUUUAAAUCAUUCAUCUGCAAUUUGAUUCAAGAUGAAGUGCACUAUAGUCUACUGUUAAAAAAGAGAACUGGUGUAGAUUCAUUCACAUGUCCCAAAACAAUACAAAAAUGCCAAAUGAACAAUUCAAAAAAUAUACUCAACAUAAUAUUGCAGUGCUUACAAUGUGGUUUCAACUGUGUAGCAGUAGCAAAAAAAAACAGCAA